UGUCUUCAACAAUUAGAUCUUCAAGGAAGUUCAACUCAGAUUAUACUGAAACAAAGUCACAGACAGAGAGCAGCAGCAGGCAGAGGGAGAUUUGUUUUGUUUUCAUCUUGCAAGAGGAAGGGGGUUCCAUGGAAUAGUAAUUUAAUGAUAAACAACUGAUCCAAGUGUUGAGGGGAAGGGGACUCACAAAAACUCAGCCAUUAUGGAGACCUUCAGCUCCAAGGAUAUGGCCAUGAAGGCACAGAAGAAGAUUCUUAGCCACAUGGCUAAUAAGUCAGUCGUUCAGAUAUUUAUUGAUGACACAAGCAGUGAAAUUCUGGACGAGCUCUACCGAGUCUCCAAGGAAUACACAGGCAACCGCACAGAAGCCCAGAAAGUGGUAAAAGACCUGAUCAAGAUUGCAGUAAAGAUCGGUGUCCUCUACCGCCAUAACCGCUUCAACACAGAGGAGCUCAAACUGGCCCAGGACUUCAAAAAGAAGCUGCAUCAGGGCGCCAUGACUGCCAUCAGCUUUCAUGAGGUGGAAUUCACAUUUGACAAGACAGUAAUGUCAGAGAUCCUGACAGACUGCAGGGACAUGCUACUAAAGCUGGUGGAGAAACAUCUAACGCCCAAGUCCCAAGGGCGCAUCAAUCACGUUUUCAACCAUUACUCUGAUCCAGAGCUGCUCGCUGCCCUCUACAAUCCCAAGGGGCCCUUCUGCCCCAAUGUCACCAAAAUCUGUAAUGGCCUCAACAAGCUUUUGGAGGAGGACAAGCUAUGAGCUGGUUGUCCCACAAAUGGCUGAAAAUCUGGCUGCAGGGUGUCGUCAGCUCAAAACUGGGGUUGACCAGAGGACUGAGGAAGCAUUGACUAACAAGACUGAAAGUCUACAUGUAUUCAUUUGGCUUAAAACAGCCCUGCCCAUCACACUCAAGUCCCUCCCCCAUCAGAGGAGACACCCAAGCUAAACUGAUGCAAAGAAAUGAUGUACUCUAUGUGGUCUGUAACAUUUGGAGAUGAGGUCACCGCUCAAAGUGGUUGGAGUUUAACAUGACAGCCAUGUGAGUUUAGUUGAAGAGUGGUUAUUCCAUUGUUAUUAGUGGUGACUUGAACAGAGAGAUUUUUUUUUAAUCUUUUGUGAGGGAUGAUGACUGCCUCACUGUAUGCUGUUAUGAAUUUCAAGCAGGUUCUAGACAAUUUGAGUUCACAGUCUGAUUUUUAGGCCAGAAGGGAAUUUCCGUCCUGCAUUUACUGUACACAUAACCACCCAUUUGUUUGUAUGGACACUUCCAUGAGUAUAACAAAUUCUUCUUCUUCAAAAAAAAAAAAAAACAUUUCCUUCUGCAACAGGAACAAGUGUGUUCAAAAGGGUGGCAGAGCAGACUGCAAUGUAAAAUAAUUAUUUAAUCUUGGGAAAAAAAAGAGUACAAUUUUUUUUCCCCACUUUGUCUAAUUAAGUCAUUAAAUGCCAUCCAUAACUAGGACUACUUAAAAGGAUUAUGGACAUGAAUACAGCCAACAACAAGGGCUAGAAAGUACACUGUCAUCUAGUGAUAAGAUUGAGUAUUACAAGCUUUAUUUUUCAUCAUUCCCCAUGUAAAAAAUCUCCUGCAAUUUUUAAAUGUGCAAAACUACUGUGAUUUGAUACAUACAAUCUGAGAUGAAUUCUUUACUACCCGUUCCAACAUGCCUACAUUUGUAUGAUCUGAAAUUUGAUCUCUGGUGUUUAUACGAUAUAUUUAAUAGCUUCCUUUACAAGUCAUGAUCCUGUCUUCAACCUGAAUUCAGAAUAUUAAAAAAAAUAAAAUAUGCAGGCAAGGACCACUACCUGCUUCAAGUGAUAAGCUCUAAAUUACAGAGUUUUGUGGUACUGUUAACACACACUUGCACACACUUGCACACACACACACACACACACACACACACACACACAGAGUGCAAUUCGGCAAGACUGAAAAUUAAAGCAUG